UGGGGGCUGUGAACACACCGAACGGUGCCGAUCGUAGUUUGUGUUGACUUACCUGAGUGUGCAAGCUUUGUGAUGGCUUUAAUGCCUUUGAAAAGGAUGCCUGAAAUUGCUUGGAGUUUAACGAAUACAACCUUUGGAAUAUGGAGGCAAAAUAGUUCCUUUUGCAUGUAUCAAGCUUCCGAAUUAUGUAUUGUUGAAAAUACUGGACACUUAAGUAUUGAAUCAAGAAAAUGGAGAAACAGGCAUCGUUUUCCAAGGUCAAAGCAGCCCCUGCCUUCUUUUCGUUGUGUUACUACAUCAGCAUUUUCCCAUAGUGUUGUGCCUAAUGAGGUGACUGUGUUCUACCAACGCGGUCUGCCUGUGAUCACGGUGCCUCUGCCCUCUCGCCGCGAGAGAUGUCGAUUCACGCUGAGGCCUGUCACGUCGACGGUCAACGACUUCCUCAUAGACCUCCAGAAGGAAGACAAGGGAAUAGACAGGGUCAGCGUUCAAAGUACAGACGGGACAAGAAUAGCUUCGUCUACGAGUAUAGCUUCUCUCAUGAACGAAGAUUUUCAUCUCAUCAUCAACGAUUUCGUCUACCUGGUCAAGACACCAGCGCUGGAGGAGAUACCCUCUGAUCAGGUUGAGUGCCUCUCUAGCGUGCGAGCUCGUGUGGCCCAGCUGUACGAAGCCCUGCACGUUGAUCAGCAUCAGCUGGACCAGCAGAAUAAACUGCUGGGUCAACUGGAACAUCUCAAGGAAGAGCUAGCUCCACUAGAAAAGAAAAAAGAAGAAUUGCUAAAUAAGGCCCAGCGGAGAUCUACUGCCUUGUCGUGGCUGGGCCUGGCGCUGAUGGGUGCACAGUUCGGCGUUCUGGCUCGCUUAACCUGGUGGGAGUAUUCGUGGGACAUUAUGGAACCCGUUACCUACUUCAUAACAUACGGGACCACGAUAGCCAUGUAUGCCUACUUUGUACUUACACGGCAGGAAUACGUACUUCCUGACGUCAAUGACCGCCAAACUCUGUUCGGAUUUCACAAAUUCGCCCGCAAGUCGGGUCUGGACGUACAACGCUACAAUAACCUUAAGGACAGCAUAGCGCAGGUGGAGGAAGAUUUACGCCGCCUAAGAGAUCCUCUUCAAUUACAUCUUCCCAUUAAAGAGCCUCGAAGAUAACCAACAUGCUCCCACUAGCUUUCUGUACAAAGAGAGUGAUAAAAUCCAGUAUACCCCUGUGCCGAGAAUGUUCUCCGAAGGAUUCGAUGGACUAGAGGAAUGCAGUUUCACCCGAAAAAGUAUCAUCACAACUCUCUUAGGUCUUCAGUAAUUACCCAUUAGAACGAAAGGGAAAAAUGGCUUAUUUACAAAAAACGCAGACGAUUUUUCAAAUAGCUUAUUUAAAAAAAGACUAGUGAAUUUUUUUAAUUAACUUAUGUAGUAGUUUAUUGAAAAAAAAUCGUUUGCCCGUAAAAAAAUUAUUGGAACUCUUUAUAUCGGUAUACAUUAAAAAAAAAUUUGACUUUUGGAACUUUUAUGACAAUUGGGAUAGUUUAAAUGUUAAAACUAAGCUUAAUGUUUUGUUGAAAUGAAGCAAAUUCGGUUAAAGUAUUUCAAGAGUCUUUUGAAAUUGUGUGAUUUAUGACACUGUUAUGAUAAUCAGCUUUAUCUCAAUGUUGAAACUUAGCUGGAUGUUUACAAUAAGUGACACCUUUAUAUUCUUAAAGUUACUACCAAAUGUACAAUUAACUCUUUUAUGCAACUAUAUACAAAUUAUUCGAAUUCUAACAUACUAAAACAAAAUUCUAUCCCAUCUCAAAAGUUUAAAUCAAUUAGAGUAGUUUAAGACAAAUCUUGGAAGUGUUCUUUAAUGCUACUGUUUUUUAUCGAAGCUUUUUUGGAGAACAUUGUUGUUUUUCUUGCGGUAUGAAAAAAUAUGCAGAACUAAAAACUAAUGUAUAGUUCUGCGGUUGUGGUUUAUCACAGCAGGAAAUCGUCUGGGUAUGUGGAAAGAAUGAAACUGUUAAGAUUUAAAAUAUGGAAUGUUGUUACUGUUUAGAAAAAUGUUAAAAUAUAACAAAAAAAAUUGUGGAAUUUUAUGAAAAUCCGAGCUGGACUGUUGUGAAUUUCUAAAGGUAUGUCGUACGUAAAAUUCCAAUGUAUUUCGAAUUGUAUAAUUAAUAUAGAAUUACUUUUUAGUGUAAACACAAUAAUUAUAUUUAUUAUUAAUAAUAAUAAUUUAAAAAAUUGUACAAUCAUUCAACAAAUCAAUAGAAAAAAAUAAAAAGUUUGAUUUAUUAAAAUCAACAUCUUGUUCCGUUAUCAAAUUUUAAAAAAAUUGCAUUUCAUGUUU